AAAUGGGCUAUUCCACAGCUGAUGUGUAUUUCCAGGCAAGAUGGCGGUCGAUCGGACAAAUUUGUUUCUGGCGACGAUAAAAACCGUGAAAACUCGCAAUAAGAUUUUAAACAUCGGUUCAGAAGAAGCCAAAAGUACGGCAUCCAUUCACCCAAGACCAAAGGGCGAAUUUGUUGUCAGAGCAAAAGAUGUGAUUCAGAAUAUCAGCAAGUUGAGAGAUUUCCUACUGAAACAUAGGAAGGACUAUAUUGAUGCCACUGGCUUUCUGACAUCAGAAGUAUCCAAGAUGACAGAUAAUGAGAGAGACCAGAUUGACAAUGAUGCACAGACAUUCAUGCGCACCUGCUCAGAGGCCAUCAGGAUUUUUAAGACAGAAGUGCUAAAACAGCCAAUGCCACAACAAGUUCGUAGCCACAGAGAGGCAGUAUUUGAGCUCAUGGAGGCAUAUCUGAAGGCCGUGUGUAAGCUGUACAGUGAGCAGAGGGCCAUACGUGUCAAAAGGGUCGUGGACAGGAAAAGAAUUUCCCGUUUAGAACCUGAGGGCAGAAGGACAGGCACUGACAUGACAGAACUCCGCCAGAGACACAAGAGAGCACGGGCAGAACUCAACAGUGAAGAAGGAGACCACAAAAGCGAGACAGAUGACAGCAAGGUCAUGAAAAAUACACCAGCAUCUGAUGAUCCUCUUCAGAUGGAAUAUUGGGAUGAGGAUGAGGAUGAUGAACUAUCCCCUGAGGAAAUACAGAUGUUUGAACAGGAGAAUGAGAGGCUGUACAAUGAGAUGAACAGUCUGGUGGAUGAAGUCAGACAAAUAGAAGGCAAGGUGGUGGAAAUCUCCAGACUGCAGGAGAUAUUUGCAGAUAAAGUUCUGCAGCAGGAAGUUGAGAUAGACAGGAUUGCUGACACUGUGGUACAGUCAACUGAAAACAUCAAGGAAGGGAAUGAGGAAGUCAGAGAGGCCAUGAAGAAGGAUGCGGGGUUCCGUGUGUGGAUCCUGUUCUUCCUGGUCAUGUGCUCCUUCUCACUGCUGUUCCUGGAGUGGUAUAGCUAGGAGGGGACAGCAUCCACCUUUCUACACAAAAGGAAGUAGAAGAUCAAUGUUAUGGUAGCAGUCUAGUACCGGCAGUAAGCUAAUUACAAAGUUUUAUUUGCAAUUGGUCCCAACCAACUCCAGAUUACCCAAGCUACAACACAUACAUGUAUAGUCAGCUUGUCUUUCUACACUCUGUGAAUUACUCAAAUCAUUUCACAGACAGUAUGAACUUGAGAAUAUGUUAUGCUUGUAUCUGUAUUCAGGUUGUCACCAGUGUUGUCAUUGCUCCCUGUUUAAUAAUAAUGAAGCUGACUUCCUUGUGAUGAGAGAAAUAGAGAAGUAUAUAAGAGUACAUGUAUGAUCAAAUCUACAGGGAAAACAUUUUGCUUCUCAAGCUAGUGAAGUUACACAUCAAUUUUCCCUAGAUUGUAUGGAAGAAAUAAAUGUCUAAUAUUUAUAGAAGGAUUCUAGAAGUCUAAUUAGUGUGUAUAAGUUUAUUUUGUCAUGCAAUGUGUCAUUUGUGAACAGAUAAACACAAGUAAAUGAACUGUUUAUGUCAGAAAUAUUUGCAUCAAUCUAUUUAAAGAUACAGUUGUAUGUUACUAGCUAUAAAUGAAAUUUUGUGUAGCUAGCAGAAAAUUGAUCAGUUCUGUCUGAGUACUUGAGUUGGCUACAAAACCAAUAUUGCUGUUUCUUCAUGAACUUUAUGAUCAUCAUAGAAAUAUUGAUUAACAAUUUAGAGUAUUAGUAUUACAGUAAACUCUGUUUGCUGUAAGUUGAUUUUAAUGUAAAUUGUAUCACAGUGAUAUUACAAACUGUGUUGAUAGCUUUUGAUACAAAUGGUAGUGCAUCUGUAAUCUAUAUCUUAUUAAGUCCCAGUUGUGAAUGACUCAUCUUUGUUGUCAUGUUUCAUUUCCCAGUCAAAAGAGACAUACAAAUUUGUUUUCAGUCUUUUUGUGCUCCUUCUGUAGCUUUUCACUUCAGUAUUGCUGCUGUUAACUUUGUUGUCAGACAGCUUGCCUGUAAUAUGUGUCGUGUGCCUGUAUCAUGUACGUGGGCUGUGUCUAAUGAACUGUGUAAUCUUGUACGUAUUUCCCCGUCACUCACCAGCAUCAAGGAUUAAGCAGUCGGCGGGAUAGAAGCUCAGGCUGGCUUAUAGUUAUUCUGUGUGGAAUCACCCUGGACUCAUUAAACAAGUUCCGGAGUAAGAAUGGGCUGCAAUUGAUGCAGUGUGACAUCCCUCCGUGAGAAGGGAUGGAUUAGACAUGGCAGAAAUUGCACAGGAGGCCUAAUUAACAACCUUUCUUGUGACUUGUAGUGACGAGGAAGAACACUCAGGGAAUGUCAAUGUCUUCAGAUGUAUUUGGGCCAUUACUUGCUCCGGGCAAUGCCACACACAAGUCUUUGGCCAUCAAUUGAAGUUUUAUGUGUUGAAGAGUUCAUGCAUUUGUUGAACAUUCCUAUACUGUAUAGUCAGCCUUUACUGGCAUCCUGCUGAGAAAUGCGUUCUGCCAAUGUCUGUUGUGACCAUUCACAGUCAUUAUGUGUUCCCAAAUGCCAGUGUAAUAUUAGCAUCCAUCAGAGUGAGUAAUGGAUAAGUACUGUCCCUGGUGCUGAAAAUUGGGUUGCUUUGUUACCCCUUGGUUUGGGAAAGAUGUCGUUGUGUAAGCAGCUCACGUCUGGUACCGAUACAGAUCCGCAUGUUUCUCCACUAUAUUAGGCUUGGGGGCAAUAUGGAACCAUUAAGGCUGUUGAUAAAUGCAUCUGUCAACACUGGAUUAUUUCAAUUGCAAAAUUCUGGUCACCUAGCUUGUGGCAAGAUAAAGACCAUGCACGCAUUGCCAUGUAUGGCCUAUGUCAAUUCAGA